AUUGUACCGGCACGCCUCCACCCAAGUUAGUAAAAGAAACUCCGUUCCAAGUGGUCAGUUCUAUAGCCAUUGCCAGUAAUGGGUCAUCCUUGUUUAACAAUAUCCCUCGUCACCACCCUGAUCCUGAUCCAAGUCCCGGCAUCUCUCGCGGCCGACAAAGCUGAGUAUACAAACUGCAGCGCCCCAAUCCAAUGCGGCACCGCGCAGAAUGUGAGCUACCCUUUCUGGGGAGUGAAUCGGGCGGACUACUGUGGUCUCUCGUCGGAUUUCCAGCUAACCUGUGUAGAUGACACAAGCCUGCAGAUCAAUAUCUCAGGGCUAAGCUACCGAGUCCUUCGGGUGGAUAACUCCUCCCGUCUCUUCACCGUAGCGAGAGCGGAUUACAACAGCACCAUCUGUCCCCAGUAUCUCCAUAACAGCAGCAUAGAUACGAACAUUUUCUCCUACAGCUCAGACACAGUGGCGACCAACCUGACUCUCUAUUACGGCUGUGAUACUCCGCCCGCGUCAGUCUCGCAAUCCCUGAACACUACGAGUCAGUUCAAGUGCUCGGUCAAUGGCAGUACUGAUAGUCCUGGAUAUUUCCUAACAAGGAGCCCAGAAGAUAUCACCGUUGUUGGUGUGUCAAUCGGGGCACAACUCACGAGUUACUUUGGGAGUUGCGACACGAGUGUUGUCGUGCCAGCGAACAGGUCAGCAAUUCAGACGAUAGAGGAUCUUCCAACUCAGGCCAGCGUGGAGGCGGCUCUUGAGGCCGGUUUCGGGCUGCAGUGGGCGGCGAAUGAUAGCGGUAGAUGCCAGGCGUGCAUCCAAUCAGGCGGUCAAUGCGGGAGGGAGCCAAAUUUGGUUGAUUUCGCAUGCUAUUGUUCCGAUAAGUCCUACUCAUCCACUUGUGGAGGAUCGGGCCACAAUCUAGCCACUGCAAUCAUUGGAGUUGUAGCUGGUCUGUCUGGUGCUGCUGUUUUGUUUAUCCUUGUAAUAAUCUGCCGCCGCAAAAGCUGGUGCUUAUUGCUGAAGACUAUUAUUUGCAGCCACAAAAAUGGUCAGGAUCAUGUCGAUGUCGAGGCAUUCAUUGCUGCUCAUGGAUCUUUGGCUCCAAAGAGGUACACAUAUUCGGAUGUGAAGAAAAUGACAAAUUCAUUCUCCGAGAAAUUAGGCAAAGGAGGAUAUGGCAGCGUGUACAAAGGGAAGUUGAGCAACGGCCAUCAGGUGGCUGUCAAGGUCUUGACAGAGAGCAAAGCAAAUGGUGAAGAGUUUCUGAAUGAAGUUACAAGCAUCAGCAGAACAGCUCAUGUCAAUGUGGUCACUCUGCUGGGAUUCUGUUAUGAGAGGAAGAGAAGAGCUCUGAUUUACGAGUACAUGCCCAAUGGCUCUCUGGAUAAGUUCACACCGACCACAGAAGCUUCAGAUAUGGACUGCCCCUCCCUGGAAUGGAAGACCUUAUACCAAAUUGCGCUUGGCAUUGCACGAGGUCUGGAGUACCUGCAUCAAGGCUGCAACACGAGGAUUCUGCAUUUUGACAUAAAACCGCAAAACAUUUUAUUGGAUCAGGAUUUCUCCCCAAAGAUAUCGGACUUCGGCCUAGCUAAGCUGUGCAAGGGGAAAGAAAGUAUUGUAUCGAUGCUGGGGACAAGGGGAACUGUCGGGUAUAUUGCACCGGAAGUGUUCUCGAGAAACUUUGGGGGCGUCUCCCACAAAUCUGAUGUGUACAGCUACGGAAUGUUGGUUCUUGAUAUGGCAGGUGGAAGAAAUAAAUCUACUGCUCAGAUGUCACAUACCGGUGAAUCGUACUUCCCUGAUUCAAUCUACAGGCAUCUCGAGCGAGGUGGAUGCCUAGAAUUGCCUGGGCACACAACGGAAGAGGAAGAGAUAGCAAGAAAGUUGAUUCUGGUGGGUUUGUGGUGCAUUCAAACCCGUCCAUCUGACCGCCCAUCGAUAAAGAAGGUCAUCGAGAUGUUGGAUGAAAGCAAUCAAGUUCUGGAAAUACCACCAAAGCCCUUCCUGUCUUCUCCCGCGAGUUUGCCUCAUAACUCCUUUACAUCAUCAAGUUUCAUUAGCAGCAUCCUAAACAAGGAGACAGUUCCAGAAUUACAAGUGAAGUUGUAGCAGCACCGUUGUAUUGGACACAGCUCCUAGGAUCUUCUCCUAGAAUGGCACAGUACCUUUUCAGAAUUAUAUUAGUUAAAACGUAGUUCUUUCCUCCAAUGAUAAUAGAAGGGAAACAAAGAAAAACAUUUAUAUAAGAAUAACCAGUAUGUUUCAAUGUGUACCUCGUACGAUUGCAGAGGCAUUUGCAAAUGACUUCGAAGGCUUAUAUGGUAGAAAAAAUAGGCCAGGGUUACUGAUGACCCAGGGAUCCUCCUAAGUAUAAGAGAAGAAUCCAAGAU